AGAUCACCCGGGCGGCCUUACGUCGUCCCGGAGGCCAGUUUGACCUGGCAGAAGUGCCUUUGGUAGUGACCGAGAAGGACCUUUCUUGACUACUUCAAAGCUUCUGGUUCAGUUAGAGAGAGCGAGUGAGCGUCUGAGAUCCCCUGAGAGUUAAUCGAGUGCUUGAAAGAGGCGUCCUUGGAAAGGCUCCUGGCUGACAGGUGUCCUGUUGGCGCCUCUUUGGGGAGAAGCACUCGAGUGCGCGGGUGCUCUGUCAAGCGCCUCUGCCAGACUCACUUGAAGGGUCUUCCUUCCGAGAGGAGGUAGCUGUCGCUCGAAGCUGAUUCGGUUUGAGUGCCACCUUCUGCAGACUGCACGUAGGCCUAGUUGCCAACUCGAAUGCGCAUCGCAAUAUCGGAGACCGUGAACUUCCCGCUGAUGAAUCCCGACCAAGGAGGAGUCCUUUCAGGACUCGUCAAACUGGAGGAUAUACCGAUGAUGCAGCCGGAUCCCCGCAAUCUCCCACAACCACACCCUCACCCACACCCUCAAGAGGAGAAUGGAGAACAGCGCGAGAACCCAUUGGUCACCUUGAUGGAUACCGACCUAUGGACUAAGUUCAGCAACGCCGUCAACGAGAUGAUUGUGACCAAAAGCGGAAGGCGCAUGUUCCCAGUGGUGAAGCUCAAAGUGACCGGACUGAAUCCCCAAGCCAUGUACAGCAUGGUCCUGGAGUUCGUUCAGCUCGACAGUCACAGAUGGAAGUACGUGAACGGCGAGUGGACCCAGGGGGGCAAGCCCGAGGCACCCCCGCCCCACCCUUUCUACAUCCAUUCGGAUUCGCCCAAUUUCGGCCACCACUGGAUGAAGGACCCAAUCUCUUUCGCCAAGGUCAAGCUGACCAACAAACAGACGGAGCAGAAAACGCUGAUCAUGCUGAACAGUCUCCACAAGUACGAGACACGUCUGCACAUCGUCAAGAUCUCGCCCAAAGCUGAGCGCGUGUGCAUCAAGAGCUUCUCUCAGUGCCAGUUCAUCGCCGUCACCGCCUACCAGAAUGAGGAGAUCACCUGCCUGAAGAUCCGGCACAAUCCGUUCGCGAAAGCUUUUCAGGACUCCAACGAGAGGGCCAAGAUGAACAACGCCUCUCGCAUCAUAGCCACCUACGCCCACGCCCAAGCAGGGCACUGCCACGCCGCCGUUGCUGCCCAUCACGCCCAAGCAGCGGCAGCAGCUUACCCGCAUCACGCCCACCCAGCUGUGCAUGCCGGCCAACCGCAUUACCCUCAUCACGCCCACGCUGCACCCGCAGCUGCCGUUCACGCGGCACACCAGGGCCACCCCCAGCAGAUGGGCUUCUUCCCGCCGGGCGGGUCAGGGCUGGUGGCGGGGGGCGUGGCCUUCGGUCAGACUCCUCCCCCGACACUCCCUCUGGCCCACGGGGCGCUGUCAUCUCGGCACGGCAUCCGGGCUAAUCACCGAGCGGUUCCCUACACGUCGCCUAGCCCCAGGGCCACCCCGGCUAUCACCCCACCCACUGGACAUCAGCAGGCAGGUAAUUCACUGGCAACCGAGUGGAAACCUUCCGCCUACUGGAGCCAGCACCCCCAGUACCAGCAGGCAGCGGCAGCAGCAGCAGCCCAUGCAGGUAACCUCAACGCGAAUGCUUCCGCCCAUUUGCAGUGGAACGCAUACACCUACCAAGGCGUCGCCCAUCUGCAAGAAUACCAACAGUAUGAACAGCAGGCAUCGGGCGGGUUGUCAUCAAUCAACAACCCGACUCCUUCAACCUCAGGUAUGGCAUCUGCCCACAGUUCGCACCAACCAUAUUAUGACGUCAUGAGCGUCAGCCACGCAGGGUAUUCCGAUGCCUUCAACAGUCAGUACGCUCAGCCGACGGCGUCCGAGUCUCCUGAAGGACUCGCUGCCCAGGCAGCAGCAGUGUCCCAUGACUAUGGGGUCGUUAGCCCACGAAUGCAAGAGAAUUCCCCCGAUCACCACAGCAACCACGGGGGCUCCCCUCACUCUGGGGGUUCACCUCCCAUGGGCGGUGUCCCCCAGCUUGCCACGCACCAAAUCCUAAUGUCCGACAUCAACUACGCCCAAACGGGCAUGUCCAACGCACAAAUGCAGCCAGUGCACAUAAAGCCUGAACUCAUGAGUAACUACGAUCACAACGGACAAAGGUGGAGCCCACUAUCACCGCCCGAUUCCACACAGUAAUGGAUCCCCAAUCAUCCCCAAUCCUCCUCCAUCUCGCCUUUCCAUUCUUCAUCAAUCAUCGCCACACUUAACCGAAUUCCAAUGCCAAUACAAUCACCCCGUAAUCCUCCCGAUAUCUGUUGUUUGUACAUUUUCUCAUCGUGGGAUCAUGGGCGGCAUCUGCGUACAACAUUUCACCUCAUCCUUGAUCAAAGAUCUCUCAAUCAUCACACUCAAUGUUACCAUCACUGACAGUUCUGCCAGAGCUAAAUCACUCUCCCAGGGAGAAACUGAUCCAUUUUCGAAAUGGUUCGAUGUUUCAGAAUCGGAAGAUUCCUCGAGUUACUGGCUGACUCGAGUCUCCAUACAUUCACUGGAAUGUAUCUUAAAUCGCAGCUGUAGGACGGAUGUCUUGGCUGCAGUCAGUCUUUCAUUAGUAUAUUGGUAAAAUUUACAGUACCUUAAGAGUUUAAAAUUAAAAAUUAAAAAAAAAAAUUAAAAAUUAAAAAUCACAAAAAAAGAAAUUACGAGACGAAGAGAAUGAUUGAAUGUAAAGAAAUGCUAAACAAUGAUGCUAGAAGCAAAUUAAACAUUAAAAACGACUUCUUUGAAAAGUGCAUAAUUGUGAUUUUUAUUCCAUAAGCAACAGCUAUUAAAUGCACUCGAAUAUACAAAUAUUUUUAUGCAAUGAGAAACUUAAACUCCUUCCUUAUUAAACCAGCACUUCAUUGGUUUACUUUGGCAAUGAAUGAAAUGAUAUUUAGAGUUCUAACAAAUUAUGCAAAGGUGUUAAAAUGACCUACGACAGACAAUUCAAUUACCCUCAGUCUCGCUAUGUGCAUACUGUGUAUGCAGGACCCAUCUCUCAACAUUCAGCUAUUCAUGAGCUUAACUGGGAUGUGCCUUAUACUGUAUUGUGCAAAUUUGGUUCAUAAGUUUGUACAGAAACAUAUUGCGCUACCUCUCUCACUUCUUUUAUGGGGGGAUGGGUCUUAUUAUGAUGAUGAUAAAAGAACAAAUUCUUUUUUGUUCUGAAAUUGGAUUUUAAUCAAUUUUUGAUAGAUUACCUACGGGUAAAAAUUUGGACACCAUUCUGUUCAUUCAGAAAUGGGCCAGAUUCUCUCUUUCUCUCUCUCUCUCUCUCGCUCUGAGACACAUGGACACACACACACACACACACACACAUAUAUAUAUAUAUGUAUAUGUAUGUAUAUGUAUGUAUGUAUGUAUGUAUGUAUAUAUAUAUAUAUAUUUAGAACAAGGAUCACUUAUAAAUGGAAAUUUAAAAUACUUAG